UGUGUUUGUUUGUUUUGAAUAUUUUGAAAUUCAUCAUAGUUGUUUUUAUCUCAUAACAAAAAAAAACAACGAAAAGUAAAAAAAACAAUGCCUAGGCCAGGACGUAGCACAUAUGGUGAUCAAAAACCGCCAUAUUCAUACAUAUCGUUAACAUUUAUGGCAAUACAAAAUUCGGAAGAAAAAAUGUUAACAUUGAACGAUAUCUAUAAAUUUAUUAUGGAUCGUUUUCCAUAUUAUCGUAAAAAUACUCAACGAUGGCAAAAUUCAUUACGUCAUAAUUUGUCUUUCAAUGAUUGUUUUAUCAAAAUUCCUCGCCGUCCAGAUAAACCUGGAAAAGGUAGUUAUUGGGCAUUGCAUCCAAAUUCGGGUGAUAUGUUUGAAAAUGGUAGUUUUUUACGGCGUCGUAAACGCUUCAAAUUGAAUGGACGUAGAAUGAUAACUGCCAAUGGAACAAGAAUUGAUCAUCAUCAUGAAAAUGAUCUAAAAAAUUAUGAUUCAGACAGUAUGGAUGAAAAGAUGAAUCCAUUUGGUCAUCAUUUGAUUGAUCAUGAUAUUGAUCAUCAUCAUCAACGUCAUCAUCCCAUUAUGAAAUCAUCCAAUCAAAAAUCUCAAUCAAAAAAUGAUAAAGUCAAAACAACUUCAACGACUACGGCGACAAACAUAAACGGACAAACGAAAAUGGUGAAAUCAUCAUCAUUUGCAAAACAAUCUUUCUCGAUCGAACAUCUAAUUGGACCGGAAAAAGAUUCGGCCACAACGAUCAAACCGAAUCAAUUAUCCGAUUUAAUUGUUAAUCGUACUGCAGAUGUAUCUGCAACUGCUGCCGCUAUUCAGGCAGCACUUUCAGCAUCAGUCUCAAAUCAUUCAUUAUUUCUAUCAUCUGGUCAUCAUCAACAUCAUCAUUCGCAUCAUAAUCAUCAUCCACAAUCGCAACAACAACAAUCAUUUCGAACCGAAACGGGUAAUGCAUCAUUGCGUUCAAUUUCUUCAUCAUCAGCAGCAUCAGCGGUAACUAAUGGACAAAAUUCACCCACCAAUACAUCAUCAUCGGUUACGAGUGCUGCUGCCGCAAUAGCAGCAUUAAAUCCAUUAUCAUGGACAACAUCACCUUAUGCUAUGGCCGCUGUUGCAGCCGCAUCAUUAUCACAAUUGAAUGCGGCUGGCUGCAAUGGUGCUGGUCUCAAUCAAUCCAAUAUUCCAUUAUCAAUGGAAUUUCCUCAAUUAUUUAACGCUUCUUUGCUGAAUAACAACGGCAAUAAUAAUGAUAAUAAUAAUGCUGCAAUGACAAACAACAACAACAUAAGUGAUUCAUUUCAAACAACUCUAGCCAAUUUGUCGUUUGUACGACAAAAUUUCUUCCAAAAUAUUCCUCAUUUUCAAACAUUUGCAGUAGCGGCUGCCGCUGCUGCUGCUCAAGCUGAUCAUGCUGCUGCAUUAUUACGGGCAGCUGGUUCGGCCACAUUAACGCCACCACCAAAUUCAACACCAUCACCGCCGAUACGUGUCGAUUCUGUUAGUAGUCAAACAUCAACAAGAUCAUCAUCAUUAUUGAACAUAUUGGACGAUGCUAUUGCAUUCAAAUAAUCAAUCAACAAUUUAGUCGCUUUUGAAUAUUAGAUAAAUGAAAAUAAACAGACUUGAACAUUUAAUUAAUCAAACAACAAAUUUUGUAAUUAUCUCAAUCCGAUAUCAUUUCACUUCACUUUGAUAUUUUUUCCUUUAUUUCAAUUGAAAUCUCAUUUUUCGCACAUACCAAUACACCUAUCUAAUUGAAACAAAUAUAGACUA